AUGAAACUUGGAGAAUCCUUGGAUGACUAUUUGGCUUGUUUCAAUAAAAUCCUGAGUGAUCUUAGAUCUGUUGAUGCUUCUUAUGAUGUUAACUAUUCUCAAUCUGAGAUUGCUCGUCACUUUAUGAAUGGCCUUGAUAUGAAAGUUUGGGAUGUUAAAGUUACUUCAAUUCAAAAGUCUAUUGAUAUGAAUGUUUUAACUUUGGAUAUUCUUUAUACUAAAUUGAAAACAUAUGAGAUGAAUAUUCUUUCAAAAAGGACUGAUUUGAAAUCUACUGCUUUAAUAUCCUCAUCUGGAUCUUCUUCUGAGUCUAUUUCUUUGGCAGCCUUUGCUGCUUUUAUCGCCUUGUCCGAUGAUCAACUGGAAGAGAUCAGUGAGGAGGACUUGGUUUUGGCCGCUAACAGAAUUUCUCGAGCUGUGAGUAAUAUCAGGAUCAGGAGAAGAGGAGGACCAAUUCGAUGCUUUGGAUGUGGUCAACCGAAUCACAUCCGUUCUCAGUGCCCCAAGCUUGGAAGAGUGAAUGCUGUAAGAGAAGUUAAUCAGAAUAAUUGCAAAAAACUUGAUGUUGUAACCAAGAAAUCUAGAAAACUUGAAUCCUGUCUUGCUCUUAGCUUUACAAUGAAUACUAGAUUGGUUGAUGAAUUGUUUUUGGCUAAGAGAGCUUUAAACAAAUGUCGAGUUGCUGUGUUUGCUAGUUCUAUGUUUAACUUGAUUAGCUCUAAAAGAAUCAAGCAAUCUAGUGCUAAACCUUGCUUGACAUGUCCUGCUAAUGAGAUGAAACUUAAACAUGCUUUGGAAUGUGUUAAACAAAUGGAGGAAGUUGUUAAAAGAGAUGAAGUGAUUUCUUGUAAAAAUUGUGCUAGUUUAACUCAAGAGGUUUCUUAUUUAAAAAGUUCUUUGCAAAGAUUUUCUGAUGGAAAAAGGAACCUCAACAUGAUUCUUGAUCAAUCUAAAGUUAGCACACACAAUCGUGGUUUAGGUUUUGAUCCUCAUGUUCACUUUUCUAGACAUCCUCCUACUGUUUUAAGUAUUAUUCAGAAUGGUGAAAUUUUGACUGAACCUAAACCUAAGACUAUUGUAUUUAAAUCUGCUGGCCUCAUGUCUUCCUUGAGUGCUUCUUCAUCAAAAGUUGUGAGUGCUAAACAUGUUGUGAAUGCUAAACCUGCUUUUAACACUAAAUCUGUUGUAAAUGCCAAACCUGUCUUUAGUACUACAUCGGUUGUUAAUGCUAAACCUGCUAUAUCAACUUGUGCUUCAACUCAUCGUGAUAAGUAUACAUAUUCCUUUUGUGGCAAAGAUGGCCAUAUUGUUGGUUUCUGUUUUAGACUUGCUAGAAAGCAGAAAAAGGAACGGGAAAUUGCUUUUGCAAAACAAAGAUGGCAAAAAUUGGCUUUUACCUCGAGGCAGGCGGCAUUUUUGGCGAGGAAGGAGAACGUGUGGAUUGUGGACUCCGGUUGUUCGCGACAUAUGACCGGUGAUAAAAGUUGGUUCUCCUCUCUCGUGAGGGCAUCAAGGAAGGAUUCAAUCAUCUUCGGUGAUGCUUCUACUAGUACGAUCACUGCAACUGGAUCUGUCAAGGUAAGUGACAAAUUUACAUUGAAUGAUGUCGCUUUGGUUGAAAAUCUAAAGUACAAUUUGCUCUCCGUUUCUCAAAUUGUGGAUGAGAAUUUUGAUGUUCUGUUUAAGAAAAGUGGAAGUAAAAUUUUUUAUUUUUCUGGAGAUGUUGUGCUUAAUAUUUCUCGAUAUGGAAGAGUUUUUAAAGCUGAUUUUGAAAGUAGUAUUUCUUUUGAAGUUAUAUGUCUUGUUGCAAAGUUUUCUAAAGAUGUGAUGUUCUGGCAUCGCAGACUUGGACAUAUUGGCUUUGAUCAUCUAACUAGGAUUAGUGGUUCAGAUCUUAUUCGUAGUUUGCCUAAACUUAAAAAAGAUGUUGAUUUGGUUUGCUCGCCAUGUCGUCAUGCUAAAAUGGUUGUAUGCUCGCAUACUCCUACAUUUUCUGUGAUGACGGAUGCACCAGGACAGCUCUUACACAUGGACACUGUCGGUCCGGCUAGAGUGCAAUCUGUUGGAGGAAAGUGGUAUGUGUUGGUUAUAGUUGAUGAUUUCUCUCGUUAUUCUUGGGUUUUCUUUAUGGUUACCAAAGAUGAGGCUUUUGAACACUUUAAAAGUGUAUCUUCGUGCUUUGUGUUAAAGUCUGGGAUUUUAGAUAAAUUUGAAUCACGCUCUCGUGAUGGACUUAUGUUAGGAUAUGCUGCCCAUUCUCGAGGUUACCGUGUACUUGUUUUAGAAACUAACAAAAUUGUUGAGACUUGUGAAGUCACUUUUGAUGAGGCUAGUCCAGGUACUAGACCCGAAAUUUCAGGUACAAUAUCACAGGUUCAGGGGGAGGAUAUAUUUGUGGAGGAAAGUGAUGACGAGGACGACGACGAAGUGUCGGCUGGUUAG